AUGCUGCGAGAAACCAGGCUCAAAGAAACCGAGUGGGACUACUUGCUGCUACUUGUCCACGCCAACAUCAACCAGACGCCUGUCGCGACGCUGGCCCAGGUAAAAUCAAUGCCAACUUGUCAAAAACAGGAUUCUACACGAUCAAGUGGUAUCGCAAGGAUAUGCAAACUGCAAUAG